AUGACCAUGACCCUCCACACCAAAGCGUCCGGAAUGGCCCUGCUGCAUCAAAUCCAAGGGACCGAGCUGGAGCCUCUGAACCGCCCGCAGCUCAAGAUCCCCCUGGAGCGGCCCCUGGGCGAGGUGUACGUGGACAGCAGCAAGCCCGCUGUGUACAACUAUCCCGAGGGUGGCGCGUACGACUUCAACGCCGCGCCCGCCGCCUCCGCGCCGGUCUACGGCCAGUCCGGCCUCUCCUACAGCCCCGGGUCCGAGGCAGCGGCGUUCGGCGCCAACGGCUUGGGGGGCUUCCAGCCGCUCAACAGCGUGUCUCCGAGCCCGCUGGUGCUGCUGCACCCGCCGCCUCAGCUCUCGCCCUUCCUGCACCCCCACGGCCAGCAGGUGCCCUACUACCUGGAGAACGAACCGAGCGGCUAUGCGGUGCGCGAGGCCGGCCCUCCCGCGUUCUACAGGCCAAAUUCAGACAGUCGACGCCAGGGUGGCAGAGAGAGAUUGGCCAGCACCAGUGACAAAGGAAGCAUGGCCAUGGAGUCUGCCAAGGAGACCCGCUACUGUGCAGUGUGCAAUGACUAUGCCUCGGGCUACCAUUAUGGAGUCUGGUCCUGUGAAGGCUGUAAGGCCUUCUUCAAGAGAAGCAUUCAAGGACAUAAUGACUACAUGUGUCCAGCUACCAACCAGUGCACGAUUGAUAAGAACAGGAGGAAGAGCUGUCAGGCCUGCCGGCUCCGCAAGUGCUAUGAAGUAGGCAUGAUGAAAGGCGGGAUACGGAAAGACCGAAGAGGAGGGAGAAUGUUGAAACACAAGCGCCAGAGAGAUGAUGCAGAGGGCAGGAAUGAAGUGGGGUCCUCUGGAGAUAUGAGGACUUCCAAUCUUUGGCCAAGCCCACUCUUGAUCAAGCACACUAAGAAGAACAGCCCAGCCUUGUCUCUGACAGCUGAUCAGAUGGUCAGUGCCUUGUUAGAGGCUGAGCCCCCCAUAAUCUAUUCCGACUACGAUCCUUCCAGACCCUUCAGCGAGGCUUCGAUGAUGGGCUUGCUGACUAACCUUGCUGACAGGGAGCUGGUUCACAUGAUCAACUGGGCAAAGAGGGUGCCAGGCUUUGUUGAUUUGAGCCUGCACGAUCAGGUCCACCUUCUGGAAUGUGCCUGGCUAGAGAUCCUGAUGAUUGGACUUGUCUGGCGCUCCAUGGAGCACCCAGGGAAGCUCCUGUUUGCUCCUAACUUGCUCCUGGACAGGAACCAGGGAAAAUGUGUAGAGGGCAUGGUGGAGAUCUUUGACAUGUUGCUGGCUACAUCAUCUCGGUUCCGUAUGAUGAAUGUCCAGGGAGAGGAGUUCGUGUGCCUCAAAUCCAUCAUUUUGCUUAAUUCCGGAGUGUACACAUUUCUGUCCAGCACCCUGAAGUCUCUGGAGGAGAAGGACCAUAUCCACCGUGUCUUGGACAAGAUCACAGACACCUUGAUCCAUCUGAUGGCCAAAGCAGGCCUCACUCUGCAGCAGCAGCACCGGCGUCUGGCCCAGCUCCUCCUCAUCCUCUCCCACAUCAGGCACAUGAGCAACAAAGGCAUGGAGCACCUCUACAGCAUGAAGUGCAAGAACGUGGUGCCUCUCUACGACCUGCUGCUGGAGAUGCUGGACGCGCACCGCCUGCACGCCCCCGCCGGCCGUGGGGGCGGGAGCGCGCCCAUGGAGGAGAUGAGCGAGAGCCAGCUGGCCACCACGGGCGCGACUUCGACACAUUCCCUGCAAGCCUAUUACAUCACCGAGGAGGCGGGGAGCUUCCCCUCCACGGUCUGAGAGCUCCGGGGCCACCCUGAGGUCCUGAGAAUCCCCGCGGCCUUUUACCCACGUCGUACAUCGCGAUCGCAGAGUCCCGCGCCCGCGCUCACUCCAGCUCGCACGCGCCACCGUGGCUUUCUGAUAUGAGUGGCCAUUUGUUUGCUUGCUCAGUGCUUAGUGGCACGCCUUCUUUGGGGGACAGCCAAAGGGAUUCCAGGGCUAAAUUCUUUGACUCUCUCUCUCUCUCUCCCUCCCUUUGCUACAUUACUAAGCAUGAGGAUUCUGUAGCUUUUCAUGACCGAACUCAGUCUGUGCGCUGGGACCGGGUGACUGUGCAUUUAAGCUACGUGUUGCGACCCAGACCUGGAGAGUGGACGUUUCAUCUCUGUGAAGUGCUUUUUAGUGAAUCUAAGAAAUAGCCACAGGAGAGACUUGAAAGUGGCUCCUUUCAUUGCUGACUUGGAGAGAGCGAGGUCAAGGGUUCCUUAUGGCAUUGUCUUGUAUUCCUAUAGCAACAUAUCAUUUUAUUAAAGGAAUACCUUAAAGCUUUUGCUCCGUUGCAUGGCUGGAGCUGAAUAUUCAGUGAUUGUCUGCUCAUUUGCCCUAUAGGAAUACAAGAUGCCCACAGAGGAGGAAGGCCCCCUGAUUGUCAAAACUGUCGGUUUGAU